GUGCCAUGACUCAAAAUAUGCCUAUAGAGAUUUUGGGCAAAAUAAGUUCAGAAAAUGUUCCCAAUAUACAAAGCAUUUUACCAGAUGCGAAAAUGGAUUAUAUGUUAGAAGUUGAUUUAGAGGUUCCAGUGCACUUAUACGAUUUCUUUGCAGAUUUUCCUUUAGCGUCAGAAAAGUAA